AAGUUCAUGAGGAUCUAUAGCUACCAAUCUCAUGAGUAUGCCUUCAGCAGUGUAGAAAAAUUACUACAUGCUACAGGAGGGGAUGAAUUCCUUGGACUACUUAACCAAACACUUCUUGAAACCUUGCAGAAAGCAGGCUUCUCUGAGAAAUUCCUUGAUGAAAUGGUUGCUCCUAUCAUGAGGAUCAAUUUUGGCCAGAGCACGGGUCUCAAUGCUAUUGUGGGGGCGAUGUCAUUGUCCUCUUCUGAUUCUGGCCAUUGGGCAGUAGAAGGUGGCAAUAAGCUUGUUUGCUCAGGGCUCCUUCAGGCUUCCAAAAGCAAUCUUAUAUCUGGCUCAGUAAUGUACAUAGAGGAGAAAACAAGGACCAAACAGACAGGAAAUCCCACAAAGAUGUACGAAGUGGUCUACCAAAUUGGAUCUGAGACCCGUUCAGACUUCUAUGACAUCGUCUUGGUGGCUACUCCAUUGAAUCAAAAAAUGUCCAAUAUUACUUUUCUCAACUUUGAUCCUCCAAUUGAGGAAUUCCAUCAAAAUUAUGAACAUAUAGUGACAACUUUAGUUAAGGGGGAAUUGAAUUCAUCUGUCUUUAGCUCUCGGUCCAUAGAUAACUUUGGCCUUCGUACAGUUUUAACCACUGAUAAUUCAGAUUCAUUCAUUAACAGUCUUGAGACUAAGUACUCUGUAAGGAAAAAGGAAACUCCUCAAUCAUCAACAGAUGGAACAUAUGUUUGGAGGAUGUUUUCCCCAGAAACUCUUACUAAAGCACAAAUUUUGAAGCUCUUUUCAUCCUAUGAUUAUGCCGUGAAGAAGUCAUGGCUUGCAUAUCCUCACUAUGAGCCCCCAGAGAAAUGCCCCUCCGUCAUACUUCAUGAUCGACUGUAUUAUAUCACUGGCAUAGAGUGUGCAACAAGUGCCAUGGAAAUGAGUGCCAUUGCAGCCUACAACGCUGCGCUCCUUGCCUAUCACCGCUGGAAUGGACACACAGACAUGAUUGACCAGGAUGGUUUAUAUGAGAAACUUAAAACUGAGUUAUAAAAUGACAGUAUCUCUGUUUUCGUCUCCUACUUCCAAAUGAGUAUCACUGGCAAAAAAGGACAAAGUCUGAGCAGAGAUGAUUUUGAAUAGGAUAUUUUGCCAAUAUCACUGUUGAACAGAAGUAAUCCCUGUGGGUCAUAAGAAAAAUAAAAGGUUCUAAUUAAGCGUGA